AUGAUAAUAACAAGUCAUCUUGAUGGUGACAAACCGUCACGCACAGGAGAUAACAAUGGCCAACUUAUCAUGUGUAUACCCGGUUGUGGUGGUACAGAAAAAUCACAACUUAUUCGUGCUGUGACUGAAUAUUUUCGUGUUACAAACAGAAUACAAAAGAUGCGGAAGCUAGCACCAGCUAGAAUUGCAGCCGCUGAAAUUGGUGGAAUGACUAUUCAUUCAUUUCUAGGCGAACAAUUGAUUGAUGAAAUGAGUAUGUAUCGACCAGUAUACGAUGCUCCGUUACACACUGACUUUUCGCCGGAAAAUAAAAAGAAAUUCAAUAAAUUACCUUCGGAAAAAGAAAUCCAACAACGUGUUGCACGUUCGUUAAUUCUAGAAAUGAAUGGUGUGGUCAAACUUACUCAACAGAUGCGAACAGAAGACAUACGAUAUCUUCAGUUACUUGAACGACUUCGUCAAGGGCAAUGUAGUUAUGAAGAUUAUGAACUAUUAUUGACGGGUGUUGUUGGACAGUCAUCAGUAUCUCUUCGUGAACCGCCAUGGAAUCAAGCUCCCAUGCUUGUGUUUAGAAAUCAAAUACGAACACAAUUGAACCACUANAUGAGUAUGGAUGGUUUGACUUUACUCGGAAAACUCAAUCGAAUUCUUUGUGCCGCUAAACAUGCCGAUCCGCAAAUUCCAUUCGGUGGUCAACGUAGUUAUGAAGAUUAUGAAUUAUUAUUGACGCGCGUUGUGGGACAGCCAACCGUAUCUGUUCGUGAACCACCAUGGAAUCAAGCUCCCAUGUUUGUAUUUAGGAAUGAAAUACGAACACAAUUGAACCACAGAUCGGCAAUUCAUAAUGCAGUACAAGCAGGUUGCAAUCCAAUGGUAUGUGUCGCUCAGGACUUUUGUAAAGGCAAGCCUGUUGAAGAGCCGGCAUUCCUUAAAAAACUACUGGAAUUAUCUGACAGUAAGACUGAGCACUUAUCGGGUUUGUUACCGUUAGUUCCUGGAAUGCCGGUUAUCAUUACACAAAAUAUUGCUAUUGAACUCGGAUUAAUUAACGGCAUGAAUGGAAUCUUUAGACAACUAGUCUAUGAUCUUGAUUCAGUGUCAAUAGAUACUUCAACCAAAACGCAUUCCAAUACCAAUAAUGGAACAAACCUUUCAGGUGGACAUUUCGGAUAUUCUUCCGAAAGUCAACAACAAAUCAAAAACGAACAGAAAGGCAAUGCUAUCGAUUAA